CGGACAGGCCCGCCGAACGGAGGCGGGCGAGCGCGGAGGCCGAGGGGGAACAGGGGGAGCCGGGGCCGCCGCCCGCUCGUCGCCGCCGCCCAUGGCGAGGCCCCGCCGCCGCCGCCGCUGCUGACCCGGGGGCCGGCCGCGGCUUCCGCCCCCUCCCGCGGCGGCGGGCGGGCGGGCGAGCCUCCCCUCCACGCCCGCGCCCCGCGCCCGCCCGCGCCCCGCUCCGGGGGACGGGGAGGAAGGCGAGAGCAGCAGGAGUCUGGGGGCCACCGAAGAUGGGGAACACUACCUCGUGCUGCGUGUCGUCCAGCCCCAAGCUCCGGAGGAAUGCCCAUUCCCGGCUGGAGUCCUACCGGCCCGACACGGACCUGAGCCGCGAGGACACGGGCUGCAACCUGCAGCACAUCAGCGACCGGGAGAACAUCGACGAUUUGAACAUGGAAUUCAAUCCUUCAGACCAUCCUCGGGCCAGCACAAUAUUCCUCAGUAAAUCUCAGACAGACGUGAGAGAAAAACGCAAGAGUCUCUUCAUUAACCAUCAUCCUCCAGGACAAAUAGCGAGGAAAUACAGUUCCUGCUCCACUAUUUUCCUAGAUGAUAGCACAGUCAGUCAACCAAACCUCAAGUAUACAAUUAAAUGUGUAGCUCUCGCAAUAUAUUACCACAUCAAAAACAGGGACCCAGAUGGAAGGAUGCUCUUAGAUAUUUUUGAUGAAAACCUUCACCCUCUCUCGAAAUCCGAAGUGCCACCAGAUUAUGAUAAACACAACCCAGAGCAGAAGCAGAUUUACCGGUUUGUUCGGACACUGUUCAGUGCUGCUCAGCUGACGGCCGAAUGUGCCAUUGUCACCCUGGUAUACCUUGAAAGACUUUUAACAUAUGCAGAGAUAGACAUCUGUCCGGCCAACUGGAAGCGGAUUGUUCUAGGGGCGAUCCUGCUGGCCUCCAAGGUUUGGGAUGACCAGGCUGUGUGGAAUGUGGACUACUGCCAGAUCCUGAAAGACAUCACGGUGGAGGACAUGAAUGAGCUAGAGCGACAGUUUCUUGAAUUGCUCCAGUUCAACAUCAAUGUUCCUUCCAGUGUUUAUGCCAAGUAUUAUUUUGAUCUUCGUUCUCUGGCAGAAGCAAACAACCUGAGCUUUCCCUUGGAGCCCCUGAGCAGGGAGAGGGCUCACAAGCUUGAGGCCAUCUCUCGCCUCUGUGAGGACAAGUACAAGGACCUGCGUCGACCCACGAGGAAGCGGUCAGCGAGUGCUGACAAUCUGACUCUGCCAAGGUGGUCCCCCGCCAUCAUCUCCUAACCGUGGGGGUCCCCACUGGAGGCCGUGCCAUCCCUCAGUUUCUCCUUUAGUGUGAGAAAAGACAGACUGGGGGUGGUUUUGUUUUUGUUUUCCUUUCCUUUUCUUUUUUAAUUCAUAGCUCUGUCAGGCUGCCUUGAUGACCGCCUCCAAGCUGUGUGGCCCACUCCCACGCAGCAAGGCCUCAAGGGAAGCGAAAUCCGUAUUCUGGAAAUCCUGUUUCAUGCCCUUCCCCAUCGUCAUUAACAGCACUUCCCUCAUGGAGGAAAAAGACUCUCAUCCUGGAGAAGGAAACAAAGGGAAAGGGAAGUCGUGUAGAGGCAGGGAAAAGGUUAAAUGGCUUGGCCAUUUCUUAAGUCCCGUCUGGUCUGUAGAUGAAUACGAUGGAAAAACACAGCAGUAGGUAACAAAGUUGGAUGUGCAUUAAAGACAAAAGUGUGCGUUUAUCCACCUCCAUCUGGAUCAGUAUGUUCUGUAAGACUUCUUGCAUUCCUUCUAGCUGCUUUUUGGGAUUUGGGGGAUUUUUGUUUGUUUUUAUUCUGUUUUGGUUUUGGUCCCACAGAGCAGAGAAUAUAGUUUGUACCCACCAUGGCACAGACAUCCAAAUAAAUAGUACUGGUUGUUUCUCUC